CUGUGGACUGGCAACGCAGAGUGCCUACAUAUGAAAGUUGCGUGUGCGCUGUCAGCCCUCUCCAAACUCGGACUCCGAGACUGCGCGAGCGUGCUCUCCAUUGCAUGUCAACAAGUUGACUUCCAAAAUGAACUCACUUUCACGGGAAAUGAGCACGUUGUUAUGGAUACAUAGAUAACGUUUCCCUGUCUUCUGUCUCGUGUUAUAUUUUGAACUGAGUAGUUUUCAGUCCAACCAGUGAAGCGAAUAUCAAAGGGCAAAGCUGUUAUGGAAGAGCCGCGGGAUCAGAGCAAAGAUGACAGCGUUUCUUUAUCUCCUAGCCUGCGCUCUCCACCUCUGCUCCCGCCGCAGGCUGCGCACCACAUGCACAUAAACACUAAUUUUUUCAUUGACAACAUUCUUAGACCGGACUUUGGCUGCAAAAGGGAGCAGGGUCCAGACGCACACACGUCCCAGAGGGGGGUAGGCCUACGUUGUCUUUCUCUACCCAGCACUGCUUGCUCGGACUCUAACUCCAGCGCCGACAGCGUUUCUUCUUCAGCCUCCUCCACCGUCUCAUCCCCAGCCAACAGGAGACAUUCCCAGGAAGACGAUGGAGUUAAUGCACCAAAAGCUGGGGUUGUCCCGGCACCGACCGUUGCCUCGAAUAGUCCAGAGGAAACCCCCGCGCCCAGUAAGGACACCCGAGAGCGUUUGUGGCCCGCCUGGGUUUAUUGCACAAGAUACUCUGACCGGCCCUCCUCUGGGCCAAGGACCCGGAAAUUGAAAAAGAAGAAUAACGACAGUGAGGAUAAACGACCCAGAACGGCGUUCACAGCUGAGCAGCUCCAAAGACUGAAGGCUGAGUUUCAGGCCAGCCGGUAUAUCACGGAGCAGCGGCGACAGACUCUAGCGCACGAACUCAACCUGAACGAGUCGCAGAUUAAAAUCUGGUUCCAGAAUAAACGCGCGAAAAUCAAGAAAACCAGCGGAUUAAAGAACGGCCUCGCGCUGCAGCUGAUGGCACAGGGACUGUACAACCAUUCCACCAACACCAUUCAACAGGAAGAAGACGUCAACUAGCAGAGAGAGAGAGAGGGAAAAUAGAGAGAAAAUAGGAAAACUGCGUAAAUGACCAGAGAUUGUUGAAAGGAACUGUGGUUUGGCCUGUGAAAUUACCCGACCAGACAAGAGAGUGUCAAUUUCUUCUUCAAAAACAAAAAAAAAAGAGAAGAAAAAAUCAGAUGAGUCUUGAGGUGGAAUUGAAUUAGCCUAAUUAACGAUUGAUUUUGAAAAGGGUAUUAUGUUUAUAAUACCACAAUUUAUGUAGCUCGGAUUUUAUUUGUAAUUUUUUUUUCAUAUAGCGUUUGUGUUACUAUCAGUCAAACAAGAACAGGACAUGAUUUUACAGUUAAUUUCUACGUGCCAAAGAUGUGAAAAUAUUCAGUUUACAAUGAGAUGCCGAAUGUUUAUA